CUGAUCGUUAAAGGGAAUUUUCUUGAUAGGCGUGAGAAUUCCAGGAAUUACAAUUCAACUUACGCAUCCUCGCCAGCAGCAGCAGUGUACAAUGCUGUUCAGUCGCAACAAACACCCCAUACCCCAACUCUUGGUGCUACAGUAGGAGCUACAAAUCCAACUAGUGUUUAUGCCAGUUUCUCGAGUGCGGCAGCUCCAACUCCUUCACCUUACGCUGCAUAUGCAAACCCCUCGGCAGCAGCUGCUUAUGCUCAGUAUGGACAAACUGCUGCAGCUGUAGCGUCUUUACAGCAGCAACAACAGCACCAGGUGCAGCAGGUUGUAAGCGUUUGUGUUUCUCAAGUUUAUUUUUAUAAUUGUGAAAAAUGUAUAAAUUUGCAGAACUACAGUAAUUUGCAGUUGCAAGCUGCAGCAGCAACUGGUGUUGUUAGUGCAUCUGCGGCCGCAUACCCAGGUCAUACUGCAACACGUUUAACAGAUUCAUAUGCUACUGUUGGUUCAGUAUCUUCGGCAGGUGGUACAUAUACAUCUUUAUCUGAUUACACACUACGCUCAGCCGCUGCUGCAGCUGUAGCUGCUUCGGUUGCUACAAAUCUUACAAGUAAUAGCUCAUAUGUAGGUGCAACAAGAAUAGGUACGACAGUAGCCAGUCAACCAGCUAACACGUCGUCAGCAACAGGAACAAGCAGCUCAACAUCAAAUUAUAACAGCUACGAUGCAGCAGUAUACGCAGCUGCCAGCAGUUAUCUACAGUCCAAGGCAGCUGGUGCAGCAAAUGUCUGGAUGGGAACUGCAAAAAAGUCAAGCACCAGCAAUUAUAGUGGAACUUCAAGUUCGUUUUCUGGAAUCAGUUCAUCGAAUAUCGCAAUUACAGGUGGUAGUAGUAAUGGCAGCGCUUCUGGGCGGGUAGGAUACAACGGAAAUAAAGGUCGUGGAAAUUUCACGAAUAAACGUUUUGGACAAGGAAGACCUACUGAUAUGCAACAGUUUUACUGUGAAGUUUGCAAAAUUAGUUGUGCAGGUGCACAGACAUAUAAAGAGCAUAUGGAUGGACAAAAACAUAAGAAAAAAGAAGCUGUGCAAAAGGGUGAGGGACAAACGCUAUCAAAGUCUCGUGUAUCAUUUCGAUGUGAAACAUGUAAUGUCACUUGCACCGGAAAAGAUACUUAUGAAUCACACGUACGAGGCAGCAAGCAUCAGAAAACAGCGAAUUUAAUGAAGAAGUUAGGAAAACCAGUUGCGGAAGCACCCACUGUGCUUGCACCAGGCGAGAAAUCUAAUAAACCAGGUGUUCCGGUUAGCGGAUCUCCAAUAUCAACGGUUGGCGGUCCUGCUGUGCCAACUAAACGCGUUAUUGGUGUACCGGCUGUCAAAUUUGUUGGUGGCGAUAAGUUGCAAAAUUCAGCGCAAGAACUAACAUGUAAGGCAGUAAAUGCGGCAGAAGCGGCUAUUGAAGCAUCAGGUCAAAAAAAUGCUGCUGUUGAGGCUGCUUUGGCUGCUGAAAAGGAGGUGCAGCCUGUUGGAGAGGAUUAUGUAGAGGAAGAAAGAAAUGCAUCUGGUAAACUGAUUCAGUAUAACUGUAAAUUAUGUGAUUGUAAAUUCAGUGACCCGAAUGCUAAAAACAUCCAUAUUAAAGGGCGUAAGCAUCGUUUGCAAUAUAAGAUGAAAGUCAAUCCAAAUUUAGUGGUUGAAGUCAAACCAAACCAAGUUCCACGUGAAAUGCGUAGUGAAAUAGCACGAAAGCUCCGAGCACAACGUAUUCAUAUCGCACCACCUCGCCCACUCGGUGCACCACAACCAUUACUCAUAUCUGCAUCAACACGUCCAUGGUGUGGAGUCAUGGAUCCGGGAAGACGUGUAGAAACUGUGGAAGAUCGGCACGUUAUGGCUAAGCAUCGUUUGAUAUAUCCGGAGGAGUCUUUGCUCAUGGCAAUAGAAAAGCUUGUUUCCAUAACAGAGAAAGGAUUAAAAGUUGUUUCGGAUAGUCUGGCAGAAGAAGAUGCAAGAAAAUUUAGAAUUCAAGUGAGAGGACCCCAGAAAGAUGGAAUUCCUCCAGAUGCUGCGGAACAAACACAGCCUGAUCGUAUUUUAAAGGGAGUUAUGCGUGUGGGACUGUUAGCAAAAGGGUUGUUGCUAAAGAAUGAUAAAGAGAUACGGCUCGUUGUCCUAUGUUCCCAACCGCCUACUCGUACGCUGUUAUCAAAAGUCGUGAAAUUGCUGCCACAAGCCAUUGAGAAGAAUGAAAAUGAAAUUGUAACGAUUGUGGAGAAACCGGAGGAGAGUGCGUUCUUGUUGAAACAUUCCAGUUCUGAUGUGAUUUGUCGCGUAGUGUUCACAUGUAUUUCACUUCGUGAAGAACAUCUCGGAGAAGGUGAUGGAACUACGGCAGCGGCAGGCUUGAAACUUGUACCGCCAAAGGACCCUCUGCCGAAGGUCCCUUGCCUGGAAGGGUUGGCUGAACUAAGACACGCUAAGUGGUAUCAGGUACGUGCUGCACUUUUUUAUUUGGGGUUGGAAAAUUUUUAUGAACAUAGAAGUGUUUAUUGGUGUUCGAAUUUGCAAUCAGCUGCAAUUACUUUACGUAUAUUACGUGAUAUCCGUCAGCGUGUGCUAUCAUGGCAGCCUCUCAAGGAUUGGGCAACCGAAUUACUCGUGGAGAAAGUCCUCUCAUCUUUAGGUGCUCCUUUAUCACCUGGUGACGCUGUACGCCGCGUUUUUGAAGCUGUUGCAUCAGGAAUUUUGUUCUCAAAUGGACCGGGGCUAAGCGAUCCUUGUGAAAAGCAGCCAAUAGAUGUGCUUGCUGACCUUAGUGGACAACAGCGCGAAGAUAUCACUUCCAGUUCACAGCAUGCAUUACGACUUAUUGCAUUCAAUCAAAUGUAUAAAGUUCUGGCAAUUGAUCGCUUGCCAGAUAUUCGAAAUAAGCAUAGCAGUGGUGGUAAAAAUGGUGGUGUUGGUUAUAGCGGAAGUAUUUCGAAUGAUCGUAAACGCCCACGUGAUAUCAACGCAAGCCUCGAUGAUGGUGAGGUUGUCGGUUAG